CGUGCGUUUUAUAAUCGUUCUCGAAUAAUUCCGAGUAGUGUGCAUCCUUGACUCUUUUAACGUAAUCCACGUUUGGUUUUAGUACCGGACGAAGAUUUUUCACGUCUCCCAAAUUAUUCUUCCAGAAAGAGAAAGAAAGCGAGAGGAAAAAUCGCUCUCAGGAGGUCUCCCACCGCGAGAAACAUUUCCGUCAACAACUUAACAUGUUCAUGACCGCCGUAAGAACCGUCGUACGCCGCUCGUUCUCCACGUCGAAAUGGGCAACAGCACAGCAGAUGACCGUGCGAGAUGCUUUGAACUCGGCCUUGGAUGAGGAAAUGGAAAGGGAUGAAAAGGUAUUUCUUCUCGGCGAAGAAGUAGCUCUCUAUGAUGGCGCAUACAAAGUUUCCCGAGGUCUCUGGAAGAAGUAUGGAGACAAACGUGUCAUUGACACGCCGAUCACAGAGGCUGGUUUCACAGGCAUCGCGGUUGGAGCAGCUAUGGCCGGCCUGCGACCAGUCUGUGAAUUCAUGACGUUUAAUUUUUCGAUGCAAGCAAUCGAUCACAUCAUCAACUCUGCUGCCAAGACGUUCUACAUGUCUGCAGGUAGAGUCAAUGUGCCAAUCGUGUUCCGCGGUCCCAAUGGUGCUGCUGCAGGCGUAGGAGCUCAACAUUCGCAGUGUUUUGGUGCCUGGUAUAGUCAUUGUCCCGGUUUAAAAGUAGUGUCACCCUAUAACAGCGAAGAUGCCAAGGGUUUGCUUAAAGCAGCCAUUCGAGAUCCUGAUCCAGUGGUGGUGCUCGAGAAUGAAAUAUUGUAUGGUGUACAGUAUCCUAUGUCUGAUGAAGCUUUAUCCAAGGACUUUGUUUUACCCAUUGGCAAGGCCAAAGUAGAACGAGCGGGCAAUCAUGUAACAUUGGUAGCACACUCCAAAGCUGUCGAGGAGGCUCUGGAAGCGGCCAAUGAACUUGCUGGAAAAGGAAUCGAGGCCGAAGUGAUUAAUCUACGUUCUCUCAGACCAUUAGACGUGGACACCAUUAUACAGUCUGUGGUGAAGACGAAACAUUUGUUGACAGUUGAACAGGGUUGGCCACAGUGCGGUAUCGGAGCGGAAGUCAGUGCAAGAAUCGCCGAGAGUGAAGCCUUUUAUCAUCUUGACGCACCUGUCAUUCGCAUCACGGGAGUCGACACGCCUAUGCCAUAUGCGAAAUCGCUGGAGAUCGCGGCCUUGCCACAGAUCAAAGACAUAGUGAACGCCGUUAACAAAUUGUUAGGAGUCACGCAGUAGUCUAUUGUAUACGCGUACUUAGGCGAAAUUAUUAUAUUUUUACGAUUUUCCUGAUACGCCAAUUUUCCUAUUCCCAUCUGCCACACCUCUACAAUACACAGUGUACCUCAUCCAAUACUGUGUUGAUAUUGUAUAGAAGACUGGACAUCUUAUCAUUGGACAUUUGGGAGGAUUCCGAUAGCGCACAUCGUUAAUUGGCCAAUUUAAAAUAAAAUAUUUUCAUUGGUAAAGCAAUAAAAAAUUACUAGCGGAUGUGAGUGGAUGUGUGCUUUCGCACUGUGCGCUAAUGGGACCGUCUCCAUCUUAUAAGUUUUAUUUGUAUAACAAUUCUUACAAGAAAGUAUGUUUGGGUGUAAAGGAGAUGUACACUGAUUAUAAUGUAUAAAUGAGGUUUGAGCAAAUGUGCUUCUUGAAACUAGCACGUAAUAUGUGCGAUGUGUAUUCUGUACAUUGAUAUAUGCGAUAUUAAUAAUGUUAUUAGACAAUGCGAUAAUAAAUGUAAAUAUAUAUAUAAGAAAGAAUUAGUAAGAAUAAGUCAAAAUUUUAGUAUAUAAAUAGUGCUAUUUUAUUUGAAACAUCCAAUUGUUAUUAUCAUCAACGAAUGUGCAAUAAUUGAAACAUUCUAAUUUAUUUCAUUAAUAUUCAUAUUGGAUUUAAAUAAAUUGAAGUUAACUUUCAAUUGAAUAUAUAUGAUGGCCACAUUCAGCAAAAGUCGGCGUUUAGUAAGCGUUUUGCGUAGAUUAUCCUCUUUGAUCUAAAGGAAUAUAUACAU